AUGUUGCGCCUGGUACUGGUACCAUUGUUGUAUCUUUUCGUCACUGCUGUCCUUUCGUUUUGGACGAGGCCGACGUGGGCUUUGACAGCAGUUCUCCCAAAGCAGUCUCCAACCGAUGAGGCACUGCACAAAUGGUGUGACGAGCUGAAUAUUGGCAUUAAUCCUUCGGCAAAAGUUCUCACAACAUCCGCAAGCGUCGCUGGAAGAGGCGUCUUUGCCGUCAAUCCUGUUGCCAAGGAUGAGAUUGUUGCUGUGAUUCCAACCUACACCAUGUUUCAUCCUCAAAAUGCCGCCAAUAUGUUCCCACAGACGGCCACCGCACUCAAGGAGCGAGCUCAGCAAAUCCAACAGUGCGAGGACAACAAAAACAGCGAGAAGAAACCAAGAAAGUGGUUUUCAAGAUUGCUGCGUCGAGUGUUUCGAAGAAAGGCUUCAUCAGACCAAGAGGAGAUUCCAUGGCAAGCCGAGCUCACGGAAUAUGCCCUGACUGCGGUGGAAACAGAUCAUGUUUUUGCAACUUGGAUUCGUCAAUGGAAUCGUGAUGAUCCCGUGUUGAAACUGUUUGAAAGUGGAAAAGCCAGUCGAGAUAAUCCAGCAGCGCUCGAAGCCACGGCAGGGGAACUCAGCACGAUGGUUCCCCUUAUGCCCUUGUACAAGAUCUUGGCGGCUCUAACGAUUCGCGUGGAACAGUGGGAGCAUCAUCGACAAUUUCUUAGUAACAACGCCGAUGCCAAAGAAGCAGUAUCCAUGUACACAACACUCUGUUCUCGAACCAUCGGUGUGGCCGAGGAAAUCGUUGCUGUGGUCCCGUUUCAUGACAUGAUCAACCACUCUUUCGAGCCCAACUUGGGGCUGGCCUUUUCCGAAGAUGAAACUUCCAUGGAGAUUUAUGCUUUGAAGGACGUGCCAGCGGGGCAAGAAUUGCUGUUUAGCUAUGCUGCCAUUGGGAAGGAAUAUGAUGAAGAUGCAGCAUUGUGGAUGUUGGUGCAGUGGGGUAUACCCGUAACAGAAUCCGAAUGGAAAGUCACCACACUCGGGUAA